AUGCCGAAGGAAAUUGAAAAAACACUCACUAACCGAGCGAGGAACUUCAUCUGGGACAACGAAGGUAAAUCCCAAGUCAGCCUUGACAUCCUAUGCGCACCAAUAGAUGAAGGAGGAAAGAAUAUGAUGCACCUAACUCACAGGAACGAUGCUAUCGAACUGAUGUGGCUCAAAGGCCUUCUGAAACCAGAACAAGAAAGACCCCCUUGGGCUUUCUUCGCGAACACCCUAAUCGCAAAAUACAUUAAACCGGCUCCAACAGUCCACCCAACAGUAAAGAUCAACUUAUUCCUACAAUCUUGGAAGCCACUGACAAGGAAGCUACCCCCCUCACUUCAACGAAUCAUCAAAGCAGCUAAGACCUACCACGUAAAGUGGGACGCGUGCAUAAUCCCACCCCAGGUAGCACGACAACUACCUAUAUGGUUCCAUAUUGGCGCAAACCAAAACCUGAAUAAACUGAAUAACUAUUAUUACGCCAACUGCCUGAGAGAUAAACAUAAUGUACGUACAGUUGGCGACAUCGAAGUGAUAACAAGCCCAAUGCCACAAGGGCACCUGAACAAAAAAGAGUGUGAAUGCGAUAGAUGUAAUAAGGAACGAACGCAAUACAAUUGCAACAAACCAUACAGAUGCUGA